AUGAGCUCAAUUCAAAAUCUUAACUCAGCUGACCCAUUUGCUGAAGACUCUAAUUUAGGUGGAGACUCAGGUAUCAGUUACGUCCAUAUUCGUAUUUUCCAAAGAAGCGGCCGUAAAGCAGUAACAACCGUAGAAGGAUUACCACCUAAGAUUGACUUGAAAAAAAUUUUGAAACAUCUUAAGAAAUCAUUAAAUUGUAAUGGAAACAUAGUAGAAGAAGAAAACCUUGGUAUGAUUAUAAAACUCCAAGGAGAUAAAAGAAAAGAAAUCGCUCUCUUUUUAAUUGAAGAGAAGAUCUCCCAAAAACCAUCUAUCAAGAUACAUGGUUUUUAA